AGGCAAGGAGGAAAAAUCAUUAGUCAGGAUUUCGCGAAUAGCGCCGUGACAUCGAAUAAUCUACAUUUUAUAUCGACUAAUACCCAUUCUUCGCUUUCGCAAGAGCGAAGAACGACCUGUUUCGUUAGCUCCCGCUAUAAACCGCUUUUAAUCUUGCAUAACGACCAAUCUGGAAGAUAUUAGAUCGAAGAUCAUCUCGAUAUCCGCUCGGUGAAUGCCUUCUUCGUUCUUAUUCCGUACAUCCUUCGCGAUCUCUCCGUCCUUACUAUUACAGAGAUAUUUGACUUGGUAUUGUUCGAUUUUCUAAUAACAGAAUCGUUAAAUCUCGGUCAGAUUUCGAGGUAAAGGAAAUGGGAACUCUUCAAUGAUGUAUUGUACGAUGAUACACUUGCGACGUUUAUAUUUUGUCAUCAUCAUCGGACAGGAUUCAAGGAAUUGAAAAUGCUGCAAGUUCUCCGAAGGAUCAAGGAUACAGCGUGUUUCGUAAGAUCGAUCCAUGUACGCGCGUUUGAUCGAUCGUUUUGUCGAAUCAAUUUUUCCGUUAGGUGGACGGAUGGUGUCAGAGCGACACGAUGGGAAAAUUGUUGCGGCGGAUGGCAUAGAAAGCAGGAAGAAUUUCUGCGUGUUUAGUGGCGAAAAGGAAAAGAAAACGGGAGUGAAACACGAUCGUGUAUGAUAGAGCGAACUGCAAUUUACUCAACGUCGUAGCGAAGUAUCCGAGCGUGAAGAAUCGCUCGAUAAAUUCAAUUACUUCGUUGCUAAAUCACGGACAAUGGAAUCGAAAUCAGAGAUCCGCGUCCGAUUCCAGCCGCGUACGAACCGAUCGUACUAAUCGCGGGAAAUCAAAACGUAAAACGGAAUUGAUAUUCAGGGUCGUUCGUUCGAAUGCGCAUUUCGUUUCAUUCAUCGAUUAGUUGAUUUAAUACUGUCUAAUACGUUUUAUAAUUCAGGUAUGAAUCAUUGGUUUCUUUCGAAAUCAGCGCAAGGUUAUGUAUUUGUUUUCAUCUUUUGUAACGGUAUGUGACUUGGAAGUUGCGUACAUGUGCAUGGCAUCUAUAUAAUUCUAUCGACGUAUAAAUAUCUUAUUUCCUUCCAUAUCAUAAAUCUAAAUUCGCACAAAUAGAUUUUGUUUGUAUCUACUUCGAGCGGAUGUCAGCAUUAAUCAAAGAUAGAAACACGGAAAGAAAAAAAAUACGUGACUCGUUUCAUUUAACCUUUAUCGCGUCCGAGUCCUCCCUAAUGAAACACAAACUUAUCGAAGAUAUAAUAUUAAUAUAUUCAAUAAUUUCGUAAAAAGCAUAGGAAAAUAUCUUUCGUUCGAUAACGUGAGGCUUUUUCUCGAAUCGAAUAGAGAAACUGGUCUCGCAAUUCCCUCGAUUAAUUCCAUAAAUAACUCUGUAUUUAUUCUAAUUACCGCAAUAAUUUUAUCCGAUGCUAUCCAACUUCAUCGUGCCGAUGAAAUGCCGCGCAAGCAAAAAGCGGCACGAAGGACAACGUUCUCACCGCGAGAGUGAUCAACGACACGACGUUUUGAUUUCCGAUAAUCCGAACGAUCUAUCCCGAAGUAUCAUCGAUCGAGAGGAUGCCGAGUGCGCGACGGAGUUCUCGAUAGAAGAAACCAGGUGUGUUCUCCAGGGAGGCCUUCCUAUGCCGCAGAGAUCGGACCUACCGGAAGAGUGGGGAGCUCAUAUAAGACACGAAGCCAAACGCCUCUCCCAGUGACCAGUCUCGACACGAAAACUCAUCAGCCGAGCUUCUUCGGUUCCCAUAAGAAUCACUUCACGCUUCCAGCCCCACCUUUGGAUGGUUCUAGUCGCCGGAUUGAAAUUCCAGUAGAUUCGAGUUGAUCGAAUUGGUCUUUCCCAAGGCCGAACACACAACGAGUCACACAAUGGUAUCGUCGUCGCAGAUUCUCUCGUUAUUUUUGCUGUUCCUGGCUGCGCACGUAUCGCGUGCUCAGAAGCAACAGCAAGAAGACCCUUGUCAAACAAAAUCCAGAGUCGUCGGCGACAUAGAAUACUGUGAUCGCUACUGGGAGUGCGUCAAUGGUCGCCCAGAAUUAUUCGACUGUCCAAACGGCCUCGUAUUCGCUGGAAAGCACCGUGGCGUGACCGAGGGUUGCGAUUACCCCUGGAGAGCGAACUACUGCGACGGAAAACGUCAGGCGAAUCCACCGAUCCCGGCCGAUCACUGUGACUGGCUCUACGGUAUUUUCGGCCACGAGACAUCUUGCACUCGCUACUGGACUUGCUGGAAUGGCACGGCCACGGAACAGCUGUGCAUCGGUGGACUUUUGUACAACGAGAGGGCCAGAUCCUGCGAUUGGCCGGAGAACGUCGAAGGAUGUCAGAAACAUCCUCUGUGCAACGACGACGCGAACGGAAACGUUCCACUGGGCAAAUCCUGCAAUCGUUAUUGGCAAUGUCAAGGAGGAUAUCCACGGCUACAGAGAUGUCCGGCGAUGCUGGUGUUCGAUCGAAGGUCGCUCAGGUGCGUGGUCCCACCCACCGAAGACUGCGACGUACCCACGACGCCACCCAACCUCGAGGGCGACCUUCCUGAAGGAAGAAACGAACAAGAGCCGGAGGAGGAGAACCUUCCACCGGGUGUUCCGCCAUUGCCAGCCGGCGCACUGCCGAUUCCACUUCGAGCUCGUCCCAGAAAUUAAAUUGUUCGACGCUUUUCGAUAAAUCGUAAGGUCUUGGACUGCGUCUAUGCGUGUGGAACGUGUAACGUAGGACGGUUUCAGGCUUUGUCUAAAACGAGCCGAUUUUUGCAAAAUACCGUACAAAGGAAAAAUCAUGGAGAAUCGUCGAGCGAUCGGUAUCGUUUGGUUCGAUAUUAUUUUACGUAUUAUUUCGUCAACGUCGUGUAACUUAGGCGAUCUUUUAGACGAUAGAGUAAGAGGAUCGGUUGCUCAAAGUUUGAAAUGGACAAGACUGUUUAAUCGCUUUAUCGUUCGAGUUGUCUUCUAUCUGCCUCGUAUUUACAACGUGUUCUAUUAUUUAUUUAUUCACUGAGAAACCGCAUCGCUUUUAAUAUCACGCCUGACGGAAUCGAUUACUUCAGGCUAGAUCGCUGGAUCGUAAUUUCUUUCGUAAACAGGUCGAUAACACCAAGACAAAAAGAAGAAUCUUAAAUGUUCAAGGACGAUAGAAUUAUAAAAAGAGAUCGUUUGUGAGCAAAUAUUCGUUCCCGAUUUAAAAUGUAGCUCAUAAAAUAAUGUAGAAUAAUGUAUCUUCGUGAAAAGAAAGACGCAUAUAGAAUCACGAUGUUCAUUCUUGUCAAAGUACUAAAUCCUACUGUAAAGCAAUUUCAAAACUAGCGAUCAAUAUCUUUAGCGAUUAAUAUCCCUCGUCUUCUCGUUGAUUUUGUUUCAUAUACCUUGAUCGUUUAGAUCAAUUUUUGAUCAUGAAAUUCAGCCCACUAAUCGCUCAUUCCAUCGUUCCUACGUCAUACAAAUAUUCAUUCGCGCCAAACACGUUGCAGUUACGCGCAAUCGUGUUCCAACCGAGUUCCAGGCGACUCAGGAAUCUUUACAAAAUGUUCGUACGUUACACGUUACGCGCGUGAGAAUGCAGUCCAAGAGCGUGGAUCGGACGACGAUCGUCCGCGAGAAACGCGAUCGAGAAUUCAUUCCAAAGUUUCGAAACGAACAGAAAUCUGGAUUGCAAGCCAGGAAACGUGAAUUUACCGAUAUUGUAAUCGGUAUCGCGGCACUCGAAUCUAGAAGAGAUGGCGCGAGGUCGCAAACGGCGUUGUUGAACUCAGUUCUUUAUGUAUAUUCACCGCUUCGUUAGAAAGUAUGUAACUACUUCUGAUUAGAAGUGCUAGAUAUUCCUCUUUAUAUCUCAUUCUUCUUCUUUCGUUUCUCUAAUUAUGGUCGUUUCGUCGACGACUAUUUUGCGCACAUACGUCUAAGUUAAAAAGGAUAUAGGUAAAUCGUAUGGAACACAUCUUGAUUGUACACCCCCUGAUUAUUGUUAUUAAGCAACUAUCACCACGCUGUUCUCUGUCAUUUUUACAGUCAAAGUGUAAAUAUUCUCUUUUAGCCAUUCUCACCCUCCCUCUCCCUUCUCGCCUUAAUCGUAAGCAUCUAUUAAAACGUUCACAAUUGUACGGAUAUAGACUCGUUGAAAUAAAGUGUACGUUGUAUAUUUUUUGUA